AGCUUCAAUCGGUAAUCCGGGCUCAAAACUCACAGUUUGAAACUGAUUUCAACGUGUUUUUCGACUUGUAGCCCAACGGUCUCACGUUGCCAGAGACCAACUUCUUUCUGUUACUUGUAUCCAUCUCAACAAAAAUGUUACCUCACCCUAUCAAAAUGAUGGGUAUAUUUUCAUGUAGAGGCCUCCUCAUUCCUCCUCCCGCAAUUAGUCCAACUCGAAGGUAUGUUAUUCAGCUAUUUGGAGAAAGUUCAAAGAAGGAGUCAAUGCUUCAUCCAUCAUGUUCCCUAUGCAGUGACAGCAUUCUCCAGUCUCAGAGAAGGUUCAGAUUCUACCAAGCAUUAGACCAUGAUGGCUCAUCAUCAGAAGCUCGGACAUUCUCAACUAGUUGUUAUGCAAUGUCACGAUUCGUCAAGAGAUUUCCGAGAUGGCCUCUAAGAGUUGGGAGGAGAAAUGUCAGAGGAAAGGAGAGAGAGUCUGAAGCCAUUGAAGAAUUCAUGUCACUCCGUAGUAGCAAUGAUUCAUUGGACGGGAAGCUAGUGAAUAAAGUUGUAAGUGACCCAGGAUUUGAAGGAACAUUUGUCAUGCAUGGGAGUCAAACACAAAGCAAUGCUGUUGACCAAAGAAUUGCUCAACGGCCAGUUCAGGUACCCAAAGACAAUCUAGAUGUACCUGUCAGUGACCAAAGCCAAAGUGGUCAAGAAAGGGUGUCUCCUGAUAGUUGGAACAGUGAGUGUCAGGACAUGAGUCAGAGAUUGGAUAGGGAUAGGAAAACCAGGAUACAUGGGUCAAGAAAUGUAUUUAAGCAAGGAAGAGCUAUACCUACAGGUCAGGUGCUCAGGGACAUGCCAGAUACAUGUAGAAACGGUGAACAGCAAGGCAGGAAACAGACAAUGGGUAAGGACACCAGAAUUUACAAAUCGAAAACCAAUGACCUCGAUGUAAUGCAGGGUAGGGAGAGUUCUUCGGAAGUGUAUCCAGGACCUAAUAUCAAGCCAACGGAUGUAGAAACUGUGAGUGCUGAUCUUCUAGAAAUGGACUCUAGGAAACACUCUGGUGCACGCUGGAAGUCAACAGCUGAAGAUCAAAGAAGUAAUCAAGAGAAUGAGAAGAGAUCAUCAAGCCUUCAUCAUCGUGAGAGAACCAAAGAGCAGAUAAGAAUUCCACGUGGCCGUGACCUGCUCUAUGGCAUUUCCCCAUGCUUCCUUGCUCUAAAACAUGCUAAAAGGGAAGUCCACCAGCUGUAUGUCACAUCUACUUUCCAGAACUCACAAAGGCCAGAGGUCAAAGAAAUUCUUGCCUUAGUGGAGGAGAGAGGUCUGAGGAUGUGGCAAACAAACAGACGAGUGUUGGAUAGAUUUACAGAGCAGAGGCGUCAUCAGGGUAUGUGCAUGGAGACCAGUCGCCUCUACUUUGAUUCUCUCUUAGACGAAGAAGGAUAUGAUGAUUUCACUUCAACCUCAGUAAGACUGGUCCUUGACCAAAUCCAUGAUCCCAUGAACCUAGGGGCAUUGCUACGAUCAGCAUAUUUUCUGGGGAUUGAUAAAGUCGUCGUCAGCAAGAAAAACUGCUGUUCCCUGACUCCUGUAGUAAGCAAGGCCAGCAGCGGUGUCAUGGAGAUAAUGCCUGUUUAUGCUGCACCACACAUUCCUUCAUAUCUUGAGAAUGAGAAGCAGAAAGGAUGGAGUGUAGUUGGUGCUUCUGUUGGUAGCUGCAGCUCUUCAAAUGAGAGUAUUCCCUGUAACAAGUACAAGCAAACAGGCCCAACUCUUCUUGUAGUCGGAAAUGAAGGAUUUGGUCUGAGUAAUGACAUCAUUGAGCAGUGCUCCGAGUUCAUCUCUGUACCAGCAGGAAGACAGCUGCAUGCUGGGAUAGACUCGCUUAAUGUUUCAGUAGCUACAGGUAUACUUCUGCAUUCAAUCUUGGGAAGAAGGUGAACUAUUGCAAUGGACACUGAGGGCCUACUACAGAGGAAAGCAAAGAAUGAUGUUUGUGCAAUAUUUGUCCCUUAUUUUUUUAACGUGAUGUUUGAAUCUCGACCAUACAAUGAUGAAUCAUGACAGAAAGCCUUUCAAAGUGUGUAUUGUUAAAAAAUCUUGUAAAGUAAAAUCUACGACAAGAAAAUAUGGAGUAUUCUUAUGGUAUUCAUCCACAAUUUCAUUUGUAUGAAGAAGGGCGGAGGCAAAAAGUUCAACUGCCACUUCCACAAACAUUAAAAGCAUUUCCACUUUGCCAUUUUGUAAUCAUUUGACCAUGGGGAAAAAUAAAAAAAAGUUGCUGAAAAAUCAACAUUUCCAUCAAAGCACUUUGAUUUAGUUGUAAACUACCAAGAAAAUAAGUGAUAUUCCCUUCUUUAUUGACUCUGAAAUAUUGAUUUCUGGAAAUUUCAGUUGAUGGUGACUGCUGACAUCAAUAGGUACUCUAUAUGUGGCGCAGGGUGAAAUUGACGGAUUGAUAUUAUAGGCAUGAAAGUACAUUUGAUGCCAAUAGAUACUCAAAGAAGUUGCAGAUUCAUUGAUCUUCCUUUUAUUCAUAGUUCAUACUCUUUCUUGACUUGAAAAAAAAAAUGUAUAAGAUAGACUCAUAGGGCACUGCGUGUAUGGGUACUGGGAAAUAGUUCAUUGACCUGUCCAACUUAACCUGUCUUAGAUCUGAUACAAUUUCUAAGUAGAGUUACUAGGAAAUACUGUUGUGAGUGCCCACUUCCCCACAAAACUUAUAUUCCAGUAAUAUCUUUGAGUGAUGUGUCAUUUAAUUUUUUUUUGUAUGGGGGGGGGGGCUGAUUGUGACCCCCCCCUCAUCCCAGGAUUGAAAUAGCAAACUGCAAUUGCUACACUGAAACAGAGAACAUUUCUCCAACAAAGGUUUUCUUCGGAAUUUGUGACCAGGGGCCCGUUAUACAAAAGUUAGCAAUGAUCGUAAGACAUUUUCUACGAUUGAUUCCAUUGACUUCAAUGUACAAAUAAUCAUGAAAUCAAGUUUACGAUUAAUUGCUAACCUUUGUGUUACGGGACCCUGAUCACAUUAUUCAAGGAUUCAUUUGGGUAUGCUCAUGUCAACCUCAACACCUGAAUCAAGGUCUUCAUGAAUGGAUUUGAUUUCUGCAACAAUUGCAAGUGCAGUACCAUGCUUAUACUUAUAUGUCUGUUUGAGUUGCUUUAUCCCACUUACACCAACUGUCUUCUCCUUGUUGACAAUGGUUGUUCAUCAUUUUUUUUUAUAUUUAUAGUUUUUAUUGAAAAUCAACACAAAUCACAAUUUUUGCAUAUGAUUAACAAGAUUAGAAUAAAAUUACAAAAUAA